AGGGAUACGAGUAAGUAACUGGGAGCACCCCUGUUCCUGCCGUGCGGGCUGGUGGGAAGGGGAGGUCGCCCAGGACGGACGGAAGUGAGAGCACGGUGUGUAGCAGAACCCCGGGGCGUGCUUCCGUGUGCUAGACUCACACACCACUGACAGACUGUGCCAGCUCGGCGAGGACCACGAGGCAUAUACUAGUUGGGUUCCAGCCAUGGAGAAGCUCCACGGGCACACGUCUGCCCAUCUGGACAUCCUCUCCUUGGAGAACCGAUGCCUGGCCACACUUCCUGACCUGAAGACCGUGGAGAAACCACAUGGACAUGUGUCUGCCCAUCCAGACAUUCUCUCCUUGGAGAACAAGUGCCUAGACACCCUCCCCAGUAUGAAGAGCAUGGUGUCUGCUAGCCCCUUGCUCCAGAGUCUCCAGAUUUCUCCCAUGGUGCAAGCUGACUUGUAUAACCUGAAUACCAGUUGCCUGCUCUCUGAGCUUCCAGUCUGGAAGGCUCAGUGUCUCUCUAAGGAAAUAAACCUAACUUGCCCUAUGGCCCUGAAGUCCACCUCUGCCACUGAGAGAGUUCAGGAAGCAACUUCGGAUCAUCGGUCUUAUCCAGAAGAAGAGAGAAAGCCAGAAGAGAAAGAAGGGACAGAGACCCAAAUGCCUUUUUAUAGUCUCAGCUUGGGAGAGGAGGAGAAGGUAGAGGAGAUGGCCCUUAAGCUCACCUCUGGGGAAUCCAAAUCUCUUCCUGACUUCAUGGACCAGACCCUUCAGGAAAAGAAGAUGGCACUAAUGAGCUUGCUGUGCUCUACUGUAGCCUCGAAUGUAAACAUGAAAGAUCCAGAUGACCCCACCCGGGCGUCCAUCCUUGAAGUCUGCAGUGAACUUGCUCCCUUGGAGCCUGAGUUUAUCCUCAAGGCAUCUUUGUACACCAGGCAGCAGCUAAACAUCCGGGAUGCGGCCAACAAAGUCUUGGCCAUUGCUGCCUUCUUGCCAGCCUGCCGCCCCCACCUGCGAAGAUAUUUCUGUGCUAUUGUCCAGCUACCUUCUGAUUGGAUCCAGGUGGCCGAGUUCUACCAGGCACUGGCUGAAGGAGAUGAGAACAAGCUGGUGCCGCUGCCUGCCUGCCUCCGGGCUGCAAUGACUGACAAAUUUGCCCAGUUUGAUGAGUACCAGCUGGCUAAGUACAACCCUCGGAAACACCGAGCCAAGAGAUGCCCCCGGCGGCCCCCACGGUCUCCAAAGACAGAGCGCCCAUUUUCCGAGAAACACAGGUAUUUCUCAGGAGGCCUUCAGGCUCUGAAAGAUGAGCAGAUAAAGUUUGAGGAGGCCUACAAUCCAGUGUCAGAGAGAACAAGUCAGCCGAAGUUCACUCUGAAGAAGUUGGUACAGCGACUGCAUAUCCGGGAGCCUGCCCAGCAUGUCCAUGCCCUGCUGGGCUAUAGAUAUCCCUCCAACCUACAGCUCUUUUCCCGAAGUCGCCUCCCUGGGCCGUGGGAUUCCAGCAGAGCCGGGAAGCGGAUGAAGCUUCCUAGGCCAGAGACCUGGGAGCGAGAACUGAGCCUGCGGGGCAACAAAGCUGCUGUCUGGGAGGAACUCAUUGACAAUGGGAAGCUUCCCUUCAUGGCCAUGCUCCGGAACCUGUGCAACCUGCUGCGGGUUGGAAUCAGUGCCCGCCACCAUGAGCUCAUUCUCCAGAGGCUCCAGCAUGCGAAGUCGGUGAUCCACAGCCGGCAGUUUCCAUUCAGAUUCCUGAAUGCUCACGAUUCCAUUGAUAAAUUUGAAGCUCAACUCAAAAAUAAAGCAUUGCCUCUUCCUUCCAACACAUUUCUGAUGAAGCGGAUAUUGGUAAGGUACUCAAGAAAAGUCAAGAGGCCUGCCAUCAAGAGACAGCUUUGCAACUUGAAUCGUCGGGGGCUUCGGAUGGCAAUGAGGAUCCCUGUGUUGUUUGAGCAGCUCAAGCUGGAGAAGCUGAAAAUACAACGGGCCAGACAGUGGAGCUAUGACAGUGAGAUGCUGGACCAGUACCGACAGGCCCUGGAGACAGCAGUGAACAUCUCUGUGAAGCACAGCCUGCCUCCCCUGCCAGGCCGCACCCUUUUGGUCUAUCUAACAGAUGCUGAUGCAGACAAGCUCUGUCCUAAGAGCAACUCGCAAGGGCCACCCCUGAACUAUGUGCUGCUGUUGAUUGGAAUGAUGAUUGCAAGGGCGGAGCAGGCGGAUCUCUUGCUGUGUGGAGGGGGCACUCUGAAGACUGCAGUGCUUAAGGCAGAAGAAGGCAUCCUGAAGACUGCCAUCCAGCUGCAGGCCCAGGUCCAGGAGUUAGAUGAAAGCGAUGAAUGGUCUCUGCGUACUUUUGGGAAAUACCUGCUAUCUCUUGCCGUCCAAAGGGUCCCUGUGGACAGGGUCAUCGUCUUUGGCCAAGCGAUUAAUGAGAGUAUGACAAUUGUGGCCAAACAGCUUUUCUGGCAGCAUGUGAACGCCAAGUGCCUCUUUGUUGGUGUCCUCCUAAGAGGGAAACAGUACCCGUCAUCAGAUUUGAAUUGCAAUGAUGUGACACUCUCAGGAUGUACUGAUGGGAUUCUGAAGUUCAUUGCAGAGCGUGGGGCCUCCCGUCUCCUUGAACAUGUGGGCCAAAUGGACAAGAUAUUUAAGAUUCCACCAUCUCCAGGAAAGACAGAAGUACUUUCUCUCCGGCCACUGGAAGAGGAUACUCCAAGCCCCUUGGCUCCUAUUUCCCAGCACGGCUGGCGCAGCAUCCGGCUCUUCAUUUCAUCCACUUUCCGAGAUAUGCACGGCGAGCGGGACCUACUGCUGAGGUCUGUGCUACCGGCACUGCAGGCCCGAGCGGCUCCUCACCGCAUCAGCCUUCACGGCAUUGACCUGCGCUGGGGCAUCACUGAGGAGGAGACCCGUAGGAACAGACAACUGGAAGUGUGCCUUGGCGAGGUGGAGAACUCACAGCUGUUCGUGGGGAUUCUGGGCUCCCGCUAUGGCUACAUUCCCCCCAACUACAACCUUCCUGAUCACCCUCACUUCCACUGGGCCCAGCAGUACCCUCCGGGGCGCUCUGUGACAGAGAUGGAGGUGAUGCAGUUCCUGAAUCGGGGCCUCCGCCAGCAGCCCUCUGCCCACGCUCUCAUCUACUUGCGGGAUUCUGGCUUCCUUAGCUCUGUGCCAGAUGCCUGGAAAUCUGACUUUAUUUCUGAGUCAGAAGAAGCUGCACAUCGGAUCUCAGAACUGAAGACCUAUCUGAGCAGACAGAAGGGGAUUACCUGUCGCAGAUACUCCUGUGAGUGGGGGGGUGUGGCCGCUGGCCGGCCCUACAUUGCAGGGCUGGAGGAGUUUGGGCAGUUGAUCCUGCAGGAUGUGUGGGAUAUGAUACAAAAGCUUUACCUACAGCCUGGGGCCCAGCCGGAGCAGCCAGUGUCCAUCCCAGAUGAUGACUUGGUCCAAGCCACCUUUCAGCAGCUGCAGAACCCACCGAGUCCCGCCCGAUCGCGCCUUCUUCAGGACACUGUGCAGCAGCUGAUACUGCAGCGAGGGGGGCUGAGCCUGGUGACUGGGCAGUCGGGACAGGGCAAGACCGCAUUCCUGGCAUCCCUUGUAUCAACCCUCAGGGCUCCUCAUGGGGUCAAGGUGGCUCCUUUAGUCUUCUUCCACUUUUCAGGGGCCCGCCCUGACCAGGGGUUUGCCCUCACCCUGCUCAGACGCCUCUGUACCUACCUACACAGCCAAGUGCAAGAGCCCAGCGUCCUCCCCAGCACCUACCGGGGCCUCGUGUGGGACUUGCAGCAGAGGCUGCUGCUCAAGGCUGCUCAGUCCCUGCAGUCUGGCCAGACCCUUGUCCUGAUUGUCGAUGGGGCUGACAGGUUGGUAGACCAGAAUGGGCAGCUGAUCUCAGACUGGAUCCCAAAGACCAUUCCCCGGCGGGUCCAUCUGGUGCUGAGUGUGUCUAGUGACUCAGGCCUGGGGGAGACCCUCGAGCAGAGCCCAGGUGCCCGUGUGGUGGCCCUGGGGCCACUGGAGCCAUCUGCUCGGGCCCGGCUGGUAAGAGAGGAGCUGGCGCUCUAUGGGAAGCGGCUGGAGGAGUCGCCUUUUAACAACCAGAUGCGGCUGCUGCUGGUAAAGCGAGGGUCCAGUCUGCCACUCUACCUGCGCUUGGUCACUGAUCACCUGAGGCUCUUCACGCUCUAUGAGCAGGUGUCUGAGAGACUCCGAGCCCUGCCUGCCACUGUCCCUCUGCUGCUGCAGCACAUUCUGAGCACCCUGGAGCAAGAACAUGGCCCUGAUGUCCUUCCGCAGGCCUUGGCCACCCUUGAGGUCACACGUAGUGGUCUGACUGUGGACCAGCUGCAUGGAGUGCUAAGUGCAUGGAAGAUGCUGCCCAGGGGGUCUAAGAGCUGGGAAGAAGCAAUGGCUGCUGGUAGCAGUGGAGACCCCUUACCCAUGGGCCCAUUUGCCUAUCUUGUUCAGAGUCUGCGCAGUUUGCUAGGGGAGGGCCCUCUGGAGCGCGCUGGUGCCCGCCUUUGCCUCCCUGAUGGGCCCCUGAGAACAGCAGCUGAACGUCGCUACGGGAAGAGGCCGGGGCUGCAGAGCACAGCGCACAUCCUCGUUGCAGCUCAGCUCUGGAAGACAUGUGACCCUGAUGGUUCCGGUACCUUCCGAUGUUGCCACCCUGAGGCUCUGGGAGACCUACCAUACCACCUGGUCCAGAGCGGGAACCGUGACCUUCUUGCGAAGUUCCUCACCAAUCUCCACGUGGUGGCUGCACACCUGGAAUUGGGCCUGGUCUCGCGGCUCUUGGAGGCUCAUGCCCUCUAUGCUUCUUUGGUCCCUGAAGAGGAACAGAAGCUUCCCGAGGCUGACGUUGAUGUAUUCCGCCGCUUUCUGAGGCAGCAGGCGCCAGUCCUCAGCCAGUACCCUCUACUCCUGCCCCAGCAGGCAGCCAACCAGCCUCUGGACUCACCUCUUUGCCACCAGGCCCCUCUGCUGUCCCAGCGAUGGCACCUCCAGCACAUGUUGCAAUGGCUUAAUAAACCCCAGACCAUGGGGGAUCAGCCAAGCUCCAGUCUUUCUCUGACAGUUUCCUCAUCUCCCACUGCAGUGGCCUUUUCCCCCAGUGGGCAGAGAGCAGCUGUGGGCACUGCCAGUGGCACAGUUUAUCUGUUGGACCUGAGAACCUGGCAGGAGGAGAAGUCCGUGGUGAGUGGCUGCGAUGGGAUCUCUUCUUGCUUGUUCCUCUCGGACAGUGCCCUCUUUCUUACGGCUUUUGACGGGCUCUUAGAGCUCUGGGACCUGCAGCAUGGCUGUCGGGUGCUGCAGACCAAGGCUCACCAGUACCAAAUCACUGGCUGUUGCCUGAGGAGCGCAGCCCGCCGGCGCCUGGCCACUGUGUGCCUGGGAGGAUGCCUGAAGCUAUGGGACACAGUCCGUGGGCAGUUGGCUUUCCAGCACACCUGUCCCAAGUCCCUGAACUGCGUUGCUUUCCAUCCAGAGGGGCAGCUAAUAGCCACAGGCAGCUGGGCUGGCAGCUUCACCUUCUUCCAGGCGGAUGGGCUCAACAUCACCAAAGAAUUGGGGGCCCCAGGGCCCUCUGUCCGCACCUUGGCCUUCAAUGUGUCUGGACGGGUUGUGGCUGUAGGCCGGCUGGACAGCAUGGUGGAGCUAUGGUCCUGGCAAGAGGGAGUGCGGCUGGCUGCCUUCCCUGCCCACCAUGGCUUUGUGGCUGGUGUGUUUUUCAUGCGUGCUGGAUGCCAGUUACUGACAGCUGGAGAGGAUGGCAAGGUUCAAGUGUGGUCAGGGUCUCUGGGCCAGCCUCGUGGAUGCCUAGGUUCCUCAUCUCUCUCCCCUGCCCUCUCCGUGGCUCUUAGCCCAGACGGCAGUUGGGUGGCCGUUGGGUACCGAGCAGAUGGCAUUAGGAUCUACAAAGUGUCUUCAGGUUCUCAGCAGGCUCAGUGCCAAGCGCUAGACGUGGCCGUGUCUGCGCUGGCCUGGCUGAGUCCUGAGGUGCUGGUGAGUGGUGCAGAAGAUGGGUCCCUGCAGGGCUGGGCACUCAGGAGGAGCUCCCUGCAGUCCCUCUGGGUCCUGUCCAGAUACCGGAAGCCCGUGCUGGGACUGGCCACCUCCCAGGAGAUCUUGGCUUCUGCCUCAGAGGAUUUCACAGUGCGUCUCUGGCCGAGGUGGUUGCUGACACUGCCGUGCAAGGCAGAAGACCUUCCCCGUGGCACUGAGCUCCGGGGACACAAGGGCCCUGUGAGCUGCUGUUGCUUCAGCACUGAUGGAGGCAGCCUGGCCACGGGGGGUAGGGACCAGAGUCUCUUCUGCUGGGACGUGAGCUCACCCACAGCCCCUGUUAUGAUUCGCUCCUUCCCUACCUGUCACCGGGAUUGGGUCACUGGCUGUGCCUGGACUAAAGACAACCUACUGGUGUCCUGCUCCAGUGAUGGCUCUGUGAAACUCUGGGACCCACAGUCAGGACAGCAGCUUGGUCAGUUCCUGGGUCAUCAGAGUGCUGUGAGCGCCGUGGUAGCUAUGGAGGAGCACAUAGUGUCUGUGGGCCGUGAUGGGACUUUGAAAGCGUGGAACCAUCAGGGCGUGGAGCUGACCAGCAUCCCUGCUCACUCAGGACCCAUAAGCCACUGUGCAGCUGUCCUGGAACCUCGUGCAGCUGGACAACCUGGGUCGGAGCUCCUGGUGGUGACUGUUGGACUGGAUGGGGCCACACGGUUGUGGCAUCCACUCUCGGUGUGCCAAACACACACCCUCCUGGGACAUAGUGGCCCAGUCCGUGCAGCUGCUGUUUCAGAGACCUCAGGUCUCCUGCUGACCACCUCAGAGGAUGGUUCUGUACGACUCUGGCAGGUGCCUAAGGAAGCAGGUGGCACGUAUGCACCCAGGAGUUCCACAGCCAUUACUGCCAUGGCCUGGGCACCAGAUGGUUCCAUGGCAGUGUCUGGAAAUCAGGCUGGGGAGCUAACCUUGUGGAAGGAAGCUAAGGCCGUGGCCACAGCGCAGGCUCCAGGCCGUGUCAGCGCUCUGAUCUGGUACUCGGCACACACCUUCUUUGUUCUCAGUGCUGACGAGAAAAUCAGCGAGUGGCAAGUGGAAAUGCAGAUGGGUUCGACACCCAGAAACUUCAGUCUUUGCUUGAACCGAAUUCUGCAGGAAGACACAGGAGUGCUGACAGGUCUGGCCCUGGCCCCUGAUGGUCACUCCCUUCUGUUGGCCAAAGCAGAGUUGGAAUUACUGCUCAUGAAGCCAGGGGAUGUUCCCUCUGUAAUCUGGAGGAGCUAUACAUUCCAUCCUCUGAUGUUGUCCACCCACAAGGAGUAUGGUGUGUUUGUUCUGCAGCCCAUGGACCCUGGAGUUCUAUAUUUUUUAAGACAAAAAGAGUCAGGAGAGUUUGAAGAGAGCCUGGAAUUUAAUCUGAAUUUAGAGAAUCCGAGUGGGACCCUCAUAUCAGUAACUCAGGCUAAACCCGAAUCCGAGUCCUCGUUUUUAUGCGCCAGCUCUGAUGGGAUGCUGUGGAACUUGGCCGAAAGCCCUCUUGAUGGAGAAUGGACCACAGGUAACAUCUGGCAGAAAAAAGAAGAAAUGCCUGAAACCCAAGCUCCAGGGACAGACUCAUCUCCAUGCUCUGAAUUAGAUGGCAGCAUGGAGAACUGGCCAACGAUCCCGUGUCUGAAGACACGGCAGCGUAGAAAGAUUCACUCGGGCUCUGUCACAGCCCUCCAUGUGCUGCCACAGUUGCUGGUGACAGCGUCAAAGGACAGAGAUGUUAAGCUGUGGGAGAGACCCAGUAUGCAGCUGCUGGGCCUGUUCCGAUGUGAAGGGGCAGUGAGCUGUCUAGAACCUUGGGAGGGCCCUAACUCUGCCCUGAAACUCGCUGUGGGAGACGCACAGGGCAACGUAUACUUUCUGUCCUGGGAAUGAAGAGGCACAACACAGGGAGAAGAUGAUACCACUUGUGCUAGAAAUGCAAAGCUGGAAGACGCCAGUAGCUACUUUCUCAAUAGGAUUAUAAAAAUAAAAUGCCAGAAAAUCUCAA